AUGUCCUCUCUAUUUAUGGUUUUUAAGUUUGCCAAAGUACUUAUAAUGUAGAUUUUGAGAUCGAUUUCUGAAAGUUCUAUCGUCGCUAAUGAUUUAGCUUCAGGAUUAGCUGGAAAUACUUUAUUUUCAAGCUUAUUAGCUUCAAACAUGCCAUAUUCAACUAUCCCGCAUCAUCAAUUUCAAGAUGAUAAAUCUCCAGAGCCAGAUGAUCUAAUAGGGGAAUGAAUUGGCGGCAAAAACUUAGCCACAAUGAAAUUGCAAAAUAAAACAUAUAGACUUAUGUAUAAGUCUUAUUGUAGAAAAGCUCCCAGAAGGAUACUACUCGCCUCUAUUUCUGCUUUACUGCUUGCUUAUCAGUCUGAGCAUGGCCUUCCGCUGUGCUUCUGCUAAAGGACAGGGUUACACUCGCUUCCAAUAAUCAGGGGCUCUGGAUUAUAAUGCCGGGCGUCAGCGAAAUUGCCUUCCAGAAAAUUUGAAUAUCGAAUCUUCUGGCCAUUGCCAGCCCAGAUAAACAUUUUUUAUCGCUAGGGAAAUUGCCAGAUUGAUUAAGAGAUCAAUAUCUUACUCUACUCCAGCGUCCCAUCCCCCAUGUGGGAAAAAAAAAUGACCCAGGAUGUGAGCAUUGGUUCGUCAGCUCAGCGCUGUCCUCCACCCAAGCCACCAAAAUCUAGUUUGAUGUACGUUUCCAAACACUUUCCUCUCUUCUAUAAGGUCCUGGUAUCCCAAUGAACCUUUCCAGCUGCAGGUGCUAAGAGAGCAUUUUGAUUGAUUACAUUACUAUAUAACUUAUGUAUAGGUCAAGCCUCAUAGCAAAAGUCCCAAUUGCUGAUCAUGAGUCAAAUGAAAAAGCACUAGUCCAUGCUAACAAAUUGCUAAAUGAUUACUGCAAAUCCAAAAAACUGAUUAAUAACGAAUACAGAUACAUGAUUGAUGACAAAGGAAGCUUUUUAGAAGUCAAAGUUGGAAAAUCAAGCUUUUUUUGCGACUCUGAGCUAAAGGAUCUUGUAGAAAAAUAUAAUUGGAAUACACAGAAAAGUAAAAGCGCCAUUAUAGCAAAAGAAAAAAAUAAACAAAUUGAGUUUUCAAGAAUGGCUUUAGGAGUAUUAGAUAAGAAAAUAGAAAUUGGGUUUAAAGAUGGAAAUUCUAUGAAUCUCAGGAAAUUUAAUCUUACUCAAAAAGAGGCAGCUGCAAAACCAAAAAAGGCGAAAAAAAGCGAGCCAAAGCCUGCUAAAGAAAAAAUCCCAAAGUCUUAA